GUUCAAACAGAACUUGACAUCGUCGUUCUCCGCACCUUAUCUGAAAAUCAUUUCUUCGUCCAGACUAUUCUUCUCCGCUGCUCGCAGGGAGCUCAGUCGCGCUCCUCUAGUCCUCGCCUCCUCCAGACAUCCUAGCCCCUCGCGAGUUGCAGUCGCUUCCGCCCUCCGUCUCUCUGCCGCCCAUUCUAGUCACCGCCGUCGAGAGUUUUCUUACUUCCAAUCGUUAUUAGCUCCAGCCUCGCGAGUUCCAUACUUCUAGUGGCUCCCGUCGGCACCUGUGCACCACUUCACCAGCGGUCCAGCUUCCAGAAUCCAGCCAAUCCACAGAUACAUCUUGGCACUGCCUCCACGCGACCACUCCUGGUGUUUGGAGGGAAGACGACUACGAUUCUCAUCCAUGGAGGCUUCUUCGAUUCUCUCCACAGUGUAUCCUCUACCCCUUCCUCUUCAUUCUUCCCUCCCUCCCUCCAUCAAAUCCCGUUUCUGCAAUCAUGCCAUCUCUCCCAACUACCCCCUCAAACUCAGCACCCGGCCAUCCAGGACUAGAACUUUAACCAUCCGGUCAGCCAUCAGUAGAACCAAAAAGGAAGAGACCGUUGAGGCAGUGAAACAGCAGCUCCAUGACUGCUACCUUCUGGCUGGAAUCAGUUACAAAGGGUUCACAGUAAAGCAAUUCCAAGAACUCCGUACACAGCUCCCUGAGACCACAAAGGUUAUUGUCGCGAAGAACACUUUGGUGCUCAAAGCCAUUGAAGGGACUCAAUGGGAGGCACUGAAGCCAUGUAUGUCAGGUAUGAAUGCUUGGCUAUUUGUUCAUAGUGAAGAAAUCCCUGGUUCUUUGAAACCUUACAGAACAUUCCAGAAGGAGCAGAAGCUGGAUGGUAAUGACUUUACUGGCGCCGUUUUUGAGGGAAAAUUCUAUGGGCCUGAUGAGUUUAAGUCCCUGGAGACUUUGCCUUCUCGGGAAGAGGUCUAUGCUAAGCUUUUGGGCUCUUUAAAGGCCCCUGCUUCUGCUGUUGUGGGGACUUUGCAGGCUCCCGCUAGGAACUUGGUAAUGGUGUUGCAGGCCCAUGUCAAGAAGUUGGAAGAAGAAGGUCAAUAAUUGAUGGCAUUGGCCGGAAAUGGUAUGUAAUUUGUAUUCGUGCUGAUAUGUGAGCGAAAUGUCAUGUUGUACAUUUACCAAAUUCGUUGAGUAAUUCCAACUUUAUUGAUGUAAUUGCUCAAUUCUUUGAGCUCUGCUGCCUAGCAGUUAUGGUGUUUUACUUCUUAAGAUGCAAUACAAUAGCUGUUUGCUGAUUAAACUUGAAAUCUAACCCUUAUCUGCAAUUUAUAGUUCAAUGCUUGUUCUUUUUGUUCCGUUCCA